GUGGAAUUGAAAAAGAGUCGGAGAGAAAGACAAGCAGACCCUCAAGUCAGUUCGUUUUCCUGAAAUAAUGUUUCACGCAGAGCCUGCUUCCUUUUCAGCCUUUAUAUAUAUUUUUUUCCCAGGAAGUGGAAGUGAAUGGCUGAAUUGAUGACAGAUCACUGUUUUACAUUUUUACCACCAAGGAUGAAGACUUAUUGACACUAUGAGGACCGAGCUGAAAUGUAGCUCAUGUUUCUUUUGAUUUCAUUUGUUUGAUUACUUUUGGCACAGUUUUCUUAGUCAUCCUUUCUUGACUAUGGCCACUCAUGAGCCAGGUCGGACCAAAGGCUUCUCAUGUAAGCAUUGUGACACAGUAUGGCCCAGUAUGCCCAGGCUUUUGGAGCACAUGGAGACUCACUACCAGAAAGAAGAAGAACGCAAGUUCAAGUGUGAUCAAUGUGGACGUGGCUACAGGCACCCUGGCAGCUUGACUAAUCACAAGAAGACACAUGAUGUGGGCUCUUUCCAGUGCCAAGUAUGUUCUAGGAAGCUGUCUAACCUCUUGGCAUUGAAAAACCAUCUACGCCUCCACACACGUGGCAAGAAUUUCUGCUGCUCACAGUGUAGGAAGGUGUUUCGAUUAGCCAGCCAACUUGCUGCCCACCAGAAGGUCCACAGUACUCAGGAAUCCUCAGGGAAAUCUGGGACGAAUGAGUUCCAGCUGAAAACUGUGGGAAAUCCAAAGGAGGGAGCAGCUAUUGAUGGGAAUGAAGAGGGCGCACAUCACAAUGAGCAGGCUAUUAGUUUACCAACAGCUUUGUCGGAUUCAGUGCUUGAUAUUGUACCUGGAAAUAGUCUGAAUGGCAGAAGGAUACCUGACAUCAACCCUAACUCCUCAGCUGAGAAUGACAGACCCAUCUCUGAGGACAACAGGGACCGUCCUUUCAAGUGUGACCAAUGCAAGAGGACGUACCGGCACCACGGAAGCCUGAUCAACCACAAAAAAUCUCACCAGCUUGGAGUGUUUGACUGUCCUGUCUGCUUCAAACAGUUCAGUAACCUAGCUGCCCUCAAGAGUCACCAACGUAUUCACAUGAAGUCCAAGUCCAGGUCUGACUCAAUUGCCCUUGGAAUUUCUGAGUCUCCAGAUCUGUCUGAGUCAAUUCCUCAAAAUGGAGACAUGGCUGUGCAUUUCUGCCAUCUGUGUGAAGUAGGCUUCCCCAAUGACAGUGAUUUUCAGGAUCACAUCCUGUUGCAUAACACAGCCUCUCUGUCCCUUGGGCUCCCUGCAGGUUUUUCAGAGGACAUGUCUUAUGACUACAGCAUUAUCCAGUCCCCUGAUGCUAACCUUUACCCACCCUCUCUCAAUGAUUCUCCUCAUUUGCCUCCACUGCUUGACAGACAAGAGAACUUUAAUCAGAUGCUGCAAUCAGCUGCCAAUGGUCAUACGUACACCUGUGCCUAUUGUGGACAGGGACACACGGACUUGGACAGCUUUAAACUUCAUUACUUGACCCAUGACCCACCAUUGCCCUAUAAUACUCAGGUGAAGACAACAAUGUUGGAUUCUGAGAAAACUGGCUCUGAUUCUCAGCUGGUGUGUCCAACAUCAACUAAUAAAGUGAAAGCACAAGAAUUAUCAGUUGUAGAUAAUAGUGAACGGCGGUUCAAGUGCCAGAUUUGUAGCAAGAGUUACCGCCAUGCAGGGAGCCUUAUUAACCACAAGCACUCUCAUCAGACUGGCAUCUACCAGUGCUCCAUCUGCCGCAAGCACUACCCUCACUUGGCUGCUUUGCGCAGCCAUCUUCGCAUUCACAAGGCUCGGCCUGCUACCGUGUCACUCAGCUCAGACGGGGAUUGGCUCUCUCCUGAGCCUCUGACACUUGAGGGCCAGCACAGUGACUUGCACACUCAUGACAUUGAGGGUGAUGAAGCCAAUAUGCUCAGCCUUACCCAUGAUUCUGUGGAAGCUGCACACAUGAAUCUUGACAGCAGCAAAAGCAGUGGGCUGGAAGGGUUGGAGCUCCAUGAGCCUUUUGACACUGCCCUACUUCAGGACAGGCCAAAGCACUUACCUCUACUUCAGAGUGAACCCCCAGUAGAGAGGCACAUGUGUGCAGACUGCGGGGAGACAUAUGCAGAUAUUGCAGGGAUUAAAUCACAUAUGUGCUCACAUUGGCGCAAGCAGCACGAGGCUAUGAGUAAUGGUUUCUUGGAAAAUCUGGAGGUCCAGGACCCAGGGGAGAAGUCUGUGUUGAAAAAUGUUGAGAAUAAGACACACAUCUAUAAUCAAGCCCAUAAGUGUUUUAGAGAGUCUGACAUCCAAGAAAGCAAUUAUGGUGAAAAAUUAAAUGGUGAGGAUGAAGAUGGUGAAGAGGAUGACGAAGAGGUGUAUCAGUGCUCAGUGUGCAGGAACCACUACACCAGCAUGAGGGCCCUAAGGAGCCACCUCCGUGGUCAUACCCACUCCCAUAGUACAUCAACCAGCACUGGCCCUUCCUCCUUGUCCUCCCUUGAGAAAGAAGUGGUGGAGCCAGGUGAAAGCCAGGAAGAGCAAAGCAGCCUAAUUAUUUGCAGCACCUGUGGGGAGAGCUUCUCCAGGGAACAGGACCUGCAAACACACCAACUCAUGCAUAAUCAGGGCACAGAGGGCAAGGAUGUACAGAGCAAGGGGGGCAACAACCACUGCACCAGUAUCAAAAAAGAUGAGAGGAUGAUUUGUGGUGUUUGUGGUGUGGCCUGCAGAGACUACCUCCAGCUAGAGACACACCUCUGCACAGGUCAGGAAAGAGGAGGAAAAAAGAACAAAGAAAAAGAAGCAGCCGCAGUAAUUGUAAGCAGAGUUUCAGGAGACCACCAAAAGAGGUCUGACUCAGGGGAUCGUCCACAUAAAUGUGACCAGUGUGGCCGGGCCUACAGACAUGCUGGCUCUUUGCUCAACCACAAGAAGUCACACAAAACUGGGGUCUUCCGCUGCUUUGUUUGCCAGAAGCGCUUCUACAAUCUUCUAGCCCUCAAGAAUCACCAGAGGACCCACUUUGAUGUCAAGAGGCACAAGUGUGAUGAAUGUGGCAAAGCCUUCAAAAUCCAGAAACAACUCAUGAACCAUCUGAGAAUCCAUCAAGAACAUUGGGUGAAAACCCAGGAGCUCAAUAAGCAGUUCAAACCUCCCGUGCAGAUAAAUGGGACUGAGUCAGAAGGAGGAACUGGCAUUCAUAGUACAAAUGAUAAUAUGGAUGACAAGUCCACCUCUAGAAGCAAAAACUCCAAGUCUAAGAACCACCGAGCUACUGUUCUUUGUGACAGAUGUGGAGAAACCCACAGCUGCAAAAAGAUGUGCUCUGAAAGGGAUAAUGAGGUGGAAAUGAAAUCUGGGGUCAAGUUGGAGGAAGGAGAAACUAUUGACCUUCGCCCCUAUGCUUGUGACCAGUGUGGACGGACCUAUCGGCAUGCAGGGAGCCUAGUCAACCACAAAAACUCCCACAAGACAGGCGAGUACUACUGUGCUGUCUGCAAUAACACAUAUUCCAAUCAAUUGGCUAUGAAAAACCACCUGCGCAUCCACUUUGCAGUCAAGAAGCAUACGUGCCAAGACUGUGGGAAGGCCUUCCGGGGACAGAAGCAGUUGUCUAGCCAUGUCCGCUCACACAGCAGGAAGAAAGCACCCAGUGUAGGGGCUAAGGGAGUGGGUGACAGGAGUGCAAAGGAGGGCAACUAUUCAAAAUGUAAGGAGUGCCCAAAGGUGUUUACUUCAACUGACCAGCUUUCAGCACAUGCCUGUGGGAUACAGCCAUCAUCCACCUCAGCAACCACACAGAGUCAAAUUAAUGGUAUGAGCAAUGAUAAGAAAGCUGGUGCCAGGGCACACCAAGAAAAAGAGGAUCGUCCCUUUGGCUGCAAUAUCUGUGGUCGUACCUACCGCCAUGCUGGCAGCCUUCUGAACCAUAAGAACACACAUAAGAUGGGCCAUUUCAAGUGCUCUUUUUGUGCUAAACCCUUUUCAAAUCCCAUGGCACUUCGCAACCAUGCACGCAUCCAUACACAAAAGAAGAAGCAUGUCUGUGCCAGCUGUGGAAAGGCCUUCCGUCUUGCCAGUGUACUCCACAACCACCAAAAGAUCCACAUUCAGGGAAAAAUGCACUUCAGCUGUUCUGAAUGUAGCAAAAGCUUCCGCGAUAAGUCUGGGUUGAAGAGGCAUCACUGCCAGAAGAACCAGGAGAGUAAUGUGACCAGGGCAGAGGGUGGAGAGAGAUGCUUUACGUGUGAAGAAUGUGGGCGUUCAUACCGCCAUGCUGGAUCCCUGCUUAAUCACAAAAAGACUCACACCACUGGCAUCUACCACUGUACCAUAUGCCUAAAGACCUUCUCCAACCUGUUGGCACUCAAGAAUCAUAGGCGCAUUCACUCUGAGGUGCGAAGGUACUGCUGCCCAGACUGUGGUAAGACUUUCCGUGUGUUUUCACACCUACAAAGUCACUGCCGUGUGCACAACAAAGAGCAGUCUCUCUCCUGUGCUCCCAGCUCAGCCAGCUUUCUGCAGCACCGGGAAUUGUACCACCAGACCCAGAUGCAGCCACCACAGCAGGAAGUGGUAAGAAAAGGUGAGAUGGGGACAAAUUUUGGCUGGGGGUCAGGACUGGACCUUACCCUGAUGCAGGCCCAAGUACUGGAUCCAAAUGGCCUACCACAGCUGGCACCGGCUUCUCCCUACCAGCACUGUGUUUGGUCAGACAUGUCAGGGCAGCAAGACAGCCCUGGUUUCAAGGCAAAAGGAGAGAAGGUGCACACCUGUGAACAUUGUGGUCGUACCUACCGCCAUGCUGGCUCCCUGCUUAACCACAAGAACAGUCACAAGACAGGAUCUUUCUUCUGCUCUGCGUGCCAGAAGGAGUUCUCCAACCUAAUGGCACUGAAGAACCACCGGCGUAUCCAUAUUGAGCCCAAGCGCUAUCAGUGCCCAGACUGUGGUAAGGCCUUCCGAGUGUCCACUCAACUAAUAUGCCACCGCCGCAUCCAUACUAAAGAGAAGCCCUUCUCCUGUUCACAAUGCAACAAGUGUUUCUCCAGCAAGUCCAAUCUGCACCAUCACCAGAGGGUGCAUCAGACCCAGGGAAAUUUUGAGGCCUCUCUGAACAAGGGUGCAAAUGCCCUCUUGGGUUUAGGAAUAAGCCCUUUGUUGUGAGGGUGGUUUUAGAGUGUAUAUGGGGAGGAUCUCCAGCCACCUCAAGGCGUCUCAAGGGAAGAAGAGUUAUGAAGCAGUAUGACUUCAUUUGGAAGCUUCCACCACCUAAUGGCAACAGUUUCAGUGUAUUGUGUCUGUUGGACAGUUUUCAGUGGGAGUGAUACCUUUGGAUGACAGAAAGAAGAAAAAAAAAGAAAAAAAAAAAACAAAACACUGCACUCUGCCUCUUUUGGACUAUGACACUGGUAUGACUGGUGGUAAAGCUAAAAUCUCCAAAUAAAAUUCCAAAGACAUUCCCCGCCUACCAAUAAAUUUCAUUCACAUGUAAAUGUAUUCAUCAGGUGAUGCUAUCCAUGAGCAACAGAGAACCAGAAACCUAGAAAAUGCAGUUCCCUUAAACAAUCUGACCUUUUUUGAUGAUAUUCUUGGCUUCAGUGAACAGGUAAUCAAAUGGCACACAUUUUAAAUGGUUUUCAUGCUCAUUGUAAGACCCACGUUCACUCUUGGAGAUGAUUUGAGUUGACAAUGGAAAGAGUAAAACUUUCAUUUCUAACUUUCUAAACAUGCAUGAAAAGCCUGUGAUGGAAUAGGCUGGACCCUGCAGCUCUCAGUGCCUAAGGCUUUUCACUGAUUGAAGGUAGAUCUUGUACCUCUUCACUGUGUGAAAUUUAUCUUACUUUCUGAAGGUUGCUCCUUUCUUCCCACUCUCACCCCCUCACACCUCACUAUCAUCAUUUUCUAAAUUACUUCUAUAGAAUACCCUCAUAGGUGGAAAUUGAAACUCUUUCCCCAGGUGCUCCUCCUUGCCAGUUGUUUCAUAUAUGUAAAAAACUAAAAUAGUAUAUUUAUAUGUUUGGUUUGUAUUUAUUUUUCAGCAAAAGGAGAGUCAAUUGUGAUCUGUCUGCCAGUAGUACUUUAACUGGCACUGCAGUAGUUUGAUCCAUAUCUGAAUUUACUGCUAACAUCGCUCAGCUAUAUGAAGUAAUAUGACAUUAUGUAAAACUCUAAAAAUAUUCUACUAUUUGUCAAGUGGGUUCUGUAAUCAGGAUUAUUUUGCAUUGCUAGAGUAACAAGGCAGCUCCUUCAUAACACUAAUUUGAGUCAAUGACAAGCAAGCAAUCUUACAAGGCUGCAUCGUAAAAAAUAAUUAUUUAUAAUGGGGAAACAGAUAUCACUGUUCAACAUAAUAUAAUCGUUCUGAAGUGUAGAAAUUAACAUUAUAACCAGAUAGCUGAACUGCAGUAUAGUGGCUUAUGUGGGUGAAUGUAAAAUCUGACAGAAUGAUUCUGCUAUCUAUUUGACCCAUGGGCAUGUUGGUGAAUUAUGUAGCAAGUGUUAUACAGAGAAGCCGUUCCCACCAAAAGUGAACUCAACAUGUACUUGCGCUUGGCAUACCACAAUGAUGUUUAAUUAACAUAGCUUUCAGAAAGCCCUGUUGUGGCUGUGAAUGUGAACAACUCAGUAUAAGCUUGAAGGCGCCAAAGCUUCAGGCAGAACCAAGGUUUUAAUGCUUGUAGCAUUAAAUAAGCUACACUCAUUGCUUUAUGAUCAUGACAUUGAAGAUGUUGAGCAAAACCUUGGUUGGUUGCCUUAUUUGGAUGUUCUUUAAUUAAGAGUGUUGGCAAAAAAAAUCCUCAAUUUGUCCAGCAAAGGUCAGGGUUAUUGAGAAUGAUUUUUAUAGGGUCAUAUGCUUCCUUUGGGGAAAAAAGUCAUGUAACACAUUAUUACUGAUACUUAAUCUAAAACUGUAAAUAUGUAUUUCUUCAUUUCUGUUAUUAGUAAAAGACCUCGGCUGAGAUGAGGGAUGUACUUUAAUCAUAUUUAUACAUCACUGUAUAUACUGUUGCUAAGAGAGGUAGAUUUUUUUCUGCUAUUUCGGUAGGUAGUCCCAUAGAAUUUUAAAUCUUUUUGACAAAAGUGACUUGGAAAAAUGUAUAGAUUACUACAAAAUGCAUAAACCUUGACAUUUUUGCUGUCCAUGUCAGCAUGCUGUGUUGCCUGGUAGUGGGUUUACAAGACUUUCAUCAGCUGCAUUUUCCAUUGUAGCAGUCAGUUAGGGGUCAUGCUGACAUACAUAUGUAUGUUCUCUGUAACUACAUUCAUGAAAGAUCCACAUUCAACAUUUCUAUUUUAAACUGUCACCAAUUGAAUUAAAGGAGGAUUGCCAAACUAUGCGUCUGUUGGCAUAAAUCCUGUGAACCUGAAAAAAAGGAAAUCUACAUGUCUGUCAAAACAAAACUGUAUUCCUGUUUCAGCCUGUUGGUUAAAUAGCCUACAGACUUUGUGUUUCUAAGUAAAGAUAAAAGAUUGAAAUAUUUUGGCCUACUGUCUUCAUCAUGAUAUCAUGCUAUAUUAUGUC